CCUUCCGGUUCCCUCGUCUCAGAGUCAACAGUUUUUUGAACAUGUUUUUGGAAAAUACAAAUAGCUCGAAAUAAAGUCUGUGGUUAACACACAUGUAAGAGGCGGAUCACGUGUUGUUCGACGACAUUAAAUACAUCAGCAGUGAUUGUUAGCUAGCGAUGAGCUAAUAUUGCUACGCAAUGGUUUGUUGCUUUGCUCCGGGUUGCAGCCACAAGUCUUCGCAUGGAACUUGCUCGUUCUAUCGUUUCCCGACAGAUGUUGUCCGAAGGAGAGUCUGGACUCGUGUUAUACGACGAGCUGACAGGAAGCCCGGUGCCCAUUCCCGCAUCUGCAGCUGUCAUUUUCCUAAAGGAAAGGAAAAAAUGCCUGUUUUAUUUGUAGCCCAGAAUGUUGUCAAACUAAAUAGAGAAGAUCAUUCCUACUGUCUGAGAGGGAAUGACACUCAAAUUCAGGGAAUAAAGGAAGAAGCUACGUGUCUAAUGACUGAGGAGGAAGCAGAUCCAUUUACACAGGCGGCUAAUAAUGAGUAUCUUCGACCACUAUCUGAGGAUCCUCAACCACUAUCUGAGGAUGAUGAGAAGCCAACCACCAGUGAAACGGUAGAAGAAAAACUUCAAUCUGAGCAAAGACACAGAAUGCAGCUAGAGAUCCAGCUAGAGGAAUCCAAGGCAGAGUUGAAGUCCCUCAAAGAUAAGCAGAGUUACUGCCGUGACAGGUAUUCUGCCUCUCAGCUGAGUGAAAAGGUUCUUCGGAUGGAGACAGGAUUGCCAGAUAGAGACACAUUCAGAUCUGUAUGUGAGUAUUUUGCUCAUUUUGAGGGUUCCAUUACAUACCCAGCUGGUUGGAGCCCCAAAACACUGAGUCUUGAAGACCAAGUUUUCAUGACCCUCAUGAAACUGCGUCAUAGUUACACACACCUUCAUCUGGCUGCACUCUUUCACUGCAGUAUAACCACUGUCAGAAAUGUGAUCGACACAUUUAUAGACAUUCUCCACAAAUUACUUUUUAUGGACACAAUGAAAACUGUUCCCAGCCGGAAGAAAAAUAAAACCAGCUUGCCUUCUUCAUUUCGGCUCAUCCGCAGAAUGAUAUUGGAUUGUACGGACAUCACAAUUGCUAUGCCCAAGCAAAUGGAUAUUCAGAAAGAGUUUUCUGGUGUGUAAUAUUUGUAAUAAAGAUUUCAUGUGACACAUCAAAUUGAUUUGUUGAUGGGAAUUAAUGUCACUAAUAUGAAUAAAUGAACUCUAGGUUAA